UCAGCACCAGACAUUCAAGCCAGCCAAACUCUGAGAUCGCCAAAAUGCUUCAAAAAUGGCAUGUAUUCAUGUUGUACACCUCGGUCCUACCGGUAGCCUCAGCCAGUAAACAUCGUGCGCAACCCUGUGUAGCCUUGGCGGCUGCGCUCCCGGGGCUCGUGAUCUUCCCCAACUCAACACUCUACGACACCCACAACUUCUACUGGUCGGAGCGCCAAUCCAAUCUCAGCCCUUCCUGCUUCGUCGCGCCCAACACCGCGCAGGACGUGUCCACAGCCGUCAAGGUGCUCACCCGCCACAACGCGCCCUUCACCGUCAAAGGCGGCGGGCACACCCCCUUUGAGGGCGCCUCCAGCAUUGAGGACGGGGUCACCAUCACCCUGGCAUCCCUCACCGACAUCACGGUUUCUGCCGAUAGAAAAACCGUUUCCGUUGGCGCCGGGAACAGAUGGAUCAACGUGUCGGAAGCGCUGGAUCCGCUGGGCCUCGCUGUGGUAGGCGGAAGGAGCGCAACAGUCGGUGUCAGUGGUCUGACGCUAGGAGGGGGCAUUUCCUACUUCUCUGGCACUCGUGGCUGGGCAUGCGACAAUGUGCGCAACUAUGAGAUUGUCCUCGCCUCGGGAGAGAUCGUCAACGCGUCCCCUGUCACCAACCGUGACCUUUUUUGGGCUUUGCGGGGUGGAGGCGGUACCAACUUCGGAAUCGUCACCCGUUUUGACCUGGCUGCCCAUGAGCAGGGCGAUCUCUGGGCAAGCUCGCUCAUCUGGCCCGGAAGCGUAAACACAACCCUGAUUCCGCUCUUGCAUGACCUGCUCGUGCGCAACCUAGUAGCAGACCCUGCCGCACAUCUCUAUUUCAUCCUGGUCAACGAUGCCUCCCUAGGGGGCUACGCGGUCGUGAGCGACCAAUUCCACUCCACCCACGCCAACAUCUCCCCGCCGGCAGUCUUCUCCCCCUUCCACGACGUGCCCGCAUUAUCAGUCAACACGCGCAUCGCCAACGUCUCACGCCUCUCGCGGGACAUUGAGCAGGCAUUUGGCGGCCGUACAACCUGGUGGGACACGACCGUAGCAGCGACUGCAAGUCCUAACCUGCUAUUGGAUAUUGUCCCACUCUUUGAGGCACACGUAACCCGGCUGAGAGCGGCCGCCGAACCCGUCAACUCGACAAUGACGCCCUUUAUGGUCUUCCAGCCUAUCACACUCAACAUCCUGCAAGCGAUGCAGGUCAACGGGGGCAACGCGCUCGGCUUGAAACCUGAAGACGGGCCGAUCAUGAUCGUGCAGGUGAAUGUAAUGUGGUCGAGCCCGUUGCUGGAUGCGGCUGUCGAGGAAAGUUGUGGUCGCCUCAUUCGCGAGAUUGAUACGCUCGCUGCCGAGCGUGGGGCCAGGUCCAAGAACGGCUAUAUUUAUAUGAACUACGCCGGACGGCCGCAGGACGUAUAUGCUGGCUACGGCUUAGAAAGUUUGGCGAGACUCAGGAAAACGGCGAGAAAGUGGGACCCGAAUGGCGAGUUCCGGAAGUUGUGGAAAGGGUAUUUCAAGCUCUAAGACAGCAGGUGUCCCGGGAAUCUGCCACGAGCAGGAUUCAGCGUCGGCGGGGAUUUGGAGACCAUGGACUGGCAUUCAUGCUCGAACGGGACGUGUUCGACAACCUAAAUCUCUGUCAUUUUGUCAGUAACAGGUCUCUUAACACCGUAUUCUCAUUGCCUUACCAAGACUGUCUCAAUCCUGUCAUGGCCCUGC